AUGAACUACUAUCUAAAUUCAAAUAAUAUAUUCUUAUUUUUGGGAUUAUUGUUAUUCCUUGCAUGUGUUGGAAAUUCUAAUGCACAAAUAAACAACAAUACAACUAAUCAAUCAAAUAAUAAUAAUAAUAAUAAUAAUUCUACAAUGUUUAAAGUAGAAGCAUUGGAAUCAUAUCAUGGAUGGAGACAUUGUUAUAGAAUUAGAUGGCAUCAUUUUAAUGCUAUUGUAGUGUCGGAUGUAGGACCUAGAAUAUUGUCAUUGACCUUUGACAAUGACCAGUCGAACCUAUUCUUUGAACAACCCGAUGACUUUGGUAAUGUCGGUGGUGACAAGUGGAGAUUGUAUGGUGGUCAUAGACUGUGGCAUGCACCAGAAGUAUCACCACGUACCUACUAUCCAGACAAUGAAAAGAUCGAUGUUACCAUAGCCAACGAUCACGUCAUCCUAACACAACCAAUUGAAAAGACAAACAAUAUUGCUAAACAAAUCACAAUCUAUGGUAGAGGAGGUGCCAAUCAAUCCAAUGCACACUUGGAGAUUGUCCAUCAACUCACCAACCACAAUCAAUGGGCUGUCCCUAUUGCUCCAUGGGCAGUGACUGUUAUGGCAGCCCGAACCAAAUCAAUCCUGCCAAUGGGUGUUGACGAUCCACAAGGUCUUCAACCAAAAUCAUCCAUUUCAAUUUGGAACUAUACUAAAUUGAAAGAUGAAAGAAUUACACUUGGUAUGAAGUAUCUUUUAGCUCAACAAAAUUCUACCAUGAAAGAUGCUAAUAAGGUUGGAGUAAGAUCAAGUAAUGGAUGGUCAGCUUCAGUGAAUGACCAAUACCUAUUUAUCAAGCGAAUUAGUCAACUAUCUCAAAACCAUGUAGUUGAUCUUGGUGCCAAUAUUGAAGCUUACAUGUCUCCAGACUACCUUGAACUCGAGACCAUUGGAGCACUUACCCAACUCGAACCCAAAGCAAGUGCUUCGUUGACAGAGAAAUGGUUCCUCUUUAAAUCACCAACCAUCUUUAAUUUGAAUAAUGACCAAGAUGUUGAUCAACAAGUAUUACCAUUUGUUCAUCAAACUAGUAGUGGUAUUCCAUUUUAA